UAGUUUAGCAAUGCGAGCGUCACUUUACAUUCUCUUGUCCGUGUUCGGGCUGGCAUUGGCACUUGCCGAAUUGAAUUCAGAUGCGAAACUCUUUAAGAAGUAUCCAGACUCCUGUACAACUGCUAAGGCUAAGAAAAAUGGCAUCUAUAAGAUUCAAAUCAAAGGCGGAGAAGUUAUGUCCGUGUAUUGCGAUGUGAGCGUGACUGGCUCCCCUUGGCUGGUUAUCCAGCGACGCGUCGACGUCAACAUCAACUUCUAUAGGGACUGGAAGUCCUAUCAGCAAGGCUUUGGUGAUCUGCAAAAUAGCUUCUUCAUCGGACUGGAUAAGCUGAAUGCGCUGACUGUGGCACAGCCCCAAGAGCUCUACAUACAUAUGGAAGACUUCAUGGGCCAGACACGCUAUGCCAGAUAUAGUUCAUUUGCCAUAGGCAAUAGUGCCAAUUUAUAUGGCCUAAACAGCUUGGGCAGCUUCUCCGGCACUGCUGAAGACAGUCUCAGCAUCCAUCUCGGCAUGAAGUUCAGCACCUACGACUGGGACAAUGACAAACUCAAUAAAUCCAAUUGUGCUGUUCAGUACACUGGCGCCUGGUGGUAUAACGAUUGCCACAGUAGUAAUCUGAAUGGCCUGUACCUGGGCGGCGAUGUGAGUGUCGAUCAAUAUGGUCGCGGCAUUGCCUGGGCUCGCUGGCACGGCCUGUAUUAUAGCUUGAAGUCAGUUAAGAUGAUGAUACGUCCUAAGCAGUAAAGGAAUUUUGAAAUCAUAAAGAAACUAUUGCGACACUGAAACGUUUUUAUUGUAUUUUUUAUAUUAAG